AUGUCUUCCGUGAAGCCCAGAACAACGCUCUUAAGAGCACCAGUUCUUCCGGAACAAACCACGCCCGAACAGCGCUACUGGAGAGCCUAUGGGACCACCCAACUCGUGAGAGAGCACAACAGUGUCACAAGCGUGGCUUUUAACCCUCAGCAACCAAACGAUUUUGCUGUAGCAGCAUCUACAAGAGUUCAGCUGUUCUCUUCACGCACGAGGCAAGUUAUCAAGACGUUUUCUCGUUUCAAAGAUGUGGUUUACGCGGCAAAUUUUCGUCCCGACGGAAAGCUGUUAGCCAUGGGAGAUGCCACCGGUCUCGUAUCGGUUUAUGACUCGUACAACCCGCGUACGCAGCUGGUAUCUAUCCCAGCGUCGACUCACCCCACCCAUGUGGCAAAAUUUCAUCUCACAGACCCUCAAACGCUAGUUACCGCCAGCGACGAUCGUGUAGUGCGGGUUUGGGACAUUUCACAAGCUCAAGAGCCUAUCGCUGAGCUCACAGGAGCUUCAGACUAUGUCCGCUCUAUUUGUAUGGUUCCUCAGGCGCCCCAUCUUGUGGUGACCGGCUCGUACGACGGGCACGUCCGUCUCUACGAUACAAGAGCCAAUACUAGUUCCAAACCAAUCACCCUGGCUCAGGGCUUGCCUGUGGAAGAUGUAGUUGCCGUUUCUCCUACUCAACUAGUUUUCUGCGGUGGACCUGGCUUCAAAGUAUGGGAUCUGACUGCCCAGAGACAACUUUUGGAAAGAGCAAAUUUUGCAAAAACUACUACUUGCUUAGAUUACGUGGAUCUUACCGGGGACUCUCCAAUGAGUUCAACUCUGGUCGCCUCGUCUCUGGAUGGUCAUGUCAAAAUCUUUGAUCCGCUGGAUGGCUAUAAAGUAAAAUUCGGCUGGAAAUUCUCUGCGCCAGUGUUGAGCUGUGCUGUGUCUCCGGGCGAUGCCCAGGGCAAUAGACAUCUAGUUGCUGGUCUUUCUUCUGGACUACUUGCUAUAAGGACCAAGAAGAAGGCAAGUGCUGCCAAAGUUCAAAUUGAGAAAGUUGCCAAGAGCAACAACUUCCAAAGAAUGAUGAGAGGAUCUGAAUACGCAGGUGACCAAGAACAUAUAAUUCACAAUGAUAAGGCUCGUCCGCAGCGUAAGCUUAGGGCCUUCGAGCGCCAUUUGAAUCAUUUCAAGUGGUCUGAAGCUCUAGACGCAGCAUUCCUUUCGGGCAUGGCCAAGGAGCUUACUCUCACGGCACUAAGCGAACUUCGCAAAAGAGGUAAAAUCAGAGUAGCAUUGAUGGGAAGAGACGAAUCCUCGCUGGAGCCUUUACUGAACUGGUGUACUCGCGGUGUUGAGGAUGUUAGAAGUGCAUCUAUCGUUGCCGACUGGAUCGCCGUGGUAUUAGAAAUGUACGGCGAUCUUAUUGCCAGGUCUUCUUUAUUAGAGGAGAUGGUAGUCGUCUUGAAGAUGAAAGUCAAGCAGGAAGUGCAUAGGGCCGAGGAAGCUCAAAAGAUAGAGGGAAUGUUGCAACUACUCAUCAGUUGA